CAUGGUCCCGCCCCGUUCUCCCGGCCGGGGCAGGGCCAGGCGUCCAGCGACUGCUGGCUGGAGAGCCAGUGACUUCCUUGUUGUGAGUCCUCGGCCUCGUAGCUGUGCCCCGGCUCGCAGCCCCGCGGUGCUCUCCCGGACAGCGAGCGCGAGUCCAGGUCCCAGCCACAACCAUGCCCAACCCCAGCAGCACCUCCUCUCACGGUCCGAUCCCUGAGGAAAUUAGGAACCUGUUGGCAGAUGUUGAAACAUUUGUAGCAGACACACUGAAAGGGGAAAAUUUAUCCAAGAAAGCAAAGGAAAAGAGAGACUCUCUCAUUAAGAAGAUAAAAGAUGUAAAGUCUAUCUAUCUUCAGGAAUUUCAAGACAAAGGUGAUGCUGAGGAGGGAGAUGAAUAUGACGAUCCUUUUGCUGGGCCUCCAGACACCAUUUCCUUAGCCUCAGAACGCUAUGAGAAAGAUGACGACGGCCCCUCUGAUGGAAACCAGUUUCCUCCAAUUGCAGCUCAGGACCUUCCUUUUGUCCUAAAGGCCGGCUACCUGGAAAAACGCAGAAAAGAUCACAGCUUCCUGGGGUUUGAAUGGCAGAAACGGUGGUGUGCCCUCAGCAAAACAGUGUUCUAUUAUUACGGGAGUGAUAAAGACAAACAACAGAAAGGUGAAUUUGCAAUAGAGGGCUACGAUGUCAGAAUGAAUAACACCCUCAGAAAGGAUGCAAAGAAAGAUUGCUGUUUUGAAAUCUGUGCUCCUGAUAAACGUAUCUAUCAGUUUACAGCAGCUUCUCCCAAAGAUGCUGAGGAAUGGGUCCAGCAGCUGAAAUUUAUAUUACAAGACAUGGGAUCCGAUGUGAUUCCAGAGGAUGAUGACGAAAGAGGAGAAUUAUAUGAUGACGUCGAUCAUCCUGUUCCAGUCAGCCCAUCAAGGAACCAACCAAUAGAUGAUGAAAUUUAUGAAGAACUUCCAGAAGAGGAAGAAGACACUGCUUCAGUGAAGAUGGACGAGCAAGGGAAGGGGAGUCGGGACAGCUUGCAUUACCCGUCAGGAGAUAGAAGCACUGAUUAUGCUAAUUUCUACCAGGGCCUGUGGGACUGCACUGGAGCUCUUUCUGAUGAGUUGUCCUUUAAGCGCGGUGAUGUGAUUUACAUUCUUAGCAAGGAAUACAAUAGAUAUGGCUGGUGGGUAGGAGAAAUGAAGGGAGCCAUUGGCUUGGUGCCUAAAGCCUACGUAAUGGAGAUGUAUGAUAUUUGAGAGUCCGGGGAAGUCUUCUGGGUGUCUGCAGGUGCUCUGGAUUUGGAAACCCCCGCGAGCCUGAAUGGCCCAGAGCUGCCUUCGUUUGCCUGAUUGUCCCUGUCUCAGCAGCUCUUCUAUAUAGUCACUCAUUAAAACAUUCUAGAUGUCAGAUGAAGCCAGCAGUAAUGGAUUAAGUUAGAUACAAGCAGUAGAGAUAAGGCCUGUUGCUGUUUUUCAAAUAAUAAUUAGUAUCACUUUGCCCUUUUGGUUUGUGUGGGAAAAUUCAUGAUUGUAUAUGACUCUUAGUCCCUGAAGCUGCCAGUGAGGGUGCUGUGUCUUAGUCAUUAGGCACCUGUUAUUGUUAGUGUUGCAUAUAAUUUCAUAGACUGUAAGUUUUGUGUUGAUACUAAAGACUUCUUUAAAGCUGUGUGGAUGACUUAACUUAGUCUUUUUUUUCAUAGAUUAAUAUGUUUUCUUGGGGAAGAAAAGUUGUGCAAUUGGUCACGUUUACCUACUGUUAAGUAAGAAAGAAAAAAGGCGCUAGCCUUACAGGUAGAGGGAAGUGACAGUAUGCUGUCACUUGGUUCACAAGUGUAAACCGGAGCUAGGUUUGUGCAGAGGGCUUCAGUGUCGUAAUUUGGUGAUGGGCUUGCCAGUGUCUUCUACUGUAGUUCUACUUCAAUUUAAGAAAAUCCAAGAUUCAUAAGAGAGCCCAUCUUACCACUAAUACUAUGGUAUAAACAACUUCAGUGUUUUCAAAGUAUGAGGGCGAGCCGGGCACGCUCUUAGCUUACUGCGACAUCAUUGCUGCGCUGUCCCAAUCCCGCCAUCAAAUGGUCCUGGCCGAGCCUCAGUGUGCCCCUCCAGACCAAACAGAAAGACAGACUCAGGACGGCAGCAGUUGCGGGCAGUCAGUCACCGGAAGGGUAGGUUUGCAGAGUCCUGUCCGUCCCCUUUCAUACAGAGUUGAGAGCGUGGUAUUUUAACUGUCUCUGGAGAUGCUAGAAGAGCCUUCCUCUGGAGAGUGACUGGAUGCUUUGCCGUAGAUGUCAUCUACUGUUGAAUCGUUCUUCAGCAGGUCCCAGCUUUUGCUUAACUGUUCAGAUAGAAAUGCAAAUGAGCUGAUACUAUUUUUAAAUCUCCACUAUUUAUGUACAACUAUAUUUACAAGGAAUAGUAAAGAGUUUAUUUUACUGUUAUAGUAUAAAGGUUGUGAUCACUCAGUUUUAAAAGUAAAAGAAAAAAAUCUUUGUGAAUAACAUAGUCCAAGUUUCCAGAAAUUACAUUUGUAAAAUUACCCUUUUUCUAUGAGAGUGUCAUUUAAAUGGGUUCAAGUCAUCUUUGCAGAAGUUAGGCAGGUAGAAAUGAACUCUGUGGACUGGCUUUCAGAGCCAGUGUGGGUUGAAAAGCAAAGCCUAGCCUGAGGUUACAGGUUUUGUGCCUUUAACUGAAGUGGCCAGCAGAUGGCAGCAGCUUGUCGUUUGCACAUGGAAUCACUGGGGAACCCCUCCCCCACUCGGGCCGACUUCGAAGCCCUUAGAUUUCCGCCUCCUUUUCCAGUUAAUCCAGGAGAGGGAGUCCUUUGCCAACUGAUGGCCAGCAUUUCCAGUACAGAAGCAUGGUGCUGCUUCUGUCCAGACCGCAUCUGGCCUUUGUUCUUUUUUAACUUGAAUAUACAUGGCAGAUAGAAGGUUGGAACCAAAAGCCUUUAAAAUUGGGAGAGAGGAGAAAAAUUGCUGUCCCUUGCGAUUCGUGGGUGCUUUCUGUUCAGUUGAUGAACUCAUUUUUGUGCUGUGAGGAAGUUGCUCUCCACCCCUGACAGUACAUCACAUUCUCUUCAAGAUCAUAAUAACAUCAUUAAUGUGAAUUUAAACAACGCGGCUUGUUAGAAAAGAUGCUAAUUGUUAUGUUCUCAUUAUGUUUGCUUAGCUUUUAUUUGUUUUUCUAUGAACAGUUAGAGAGCUAAUUUUUUUGAAAGGUGAUUGUAAGUCAUAUUUUAUAUAGCAUUUUGCUUGAUCGCCUGCUCUGUUCUGAAUUUGUACUCUGUUACCAUUAGAUCUUACAAUAAUGUUCCACUCUGCAAAUUUUUAAGGUUCAAAUAAAGUUUAAUUGUUUGCAAACUGUUA